AAAUAGCUGGGACCACAUGACAUGUCAAAAUUACAAAUAGUCAUUUUUUCUCUCUUCGGAUCUGUUGCAUAAAAACUGGUUCUAAGUAAAUACAAUCACUACGUAUUUUAGUUUGGCAGUUUGAGUAUGCUAUUUGAGUAAUUGUUAGGAAUUUCUGAAAUGGAGGGUCACAGAGCAGGGUGUGGCAAGGAUGGAGUAGAAAAGGAUAGUGAACAAGGGAAGGACUAGGUGCAAGAGGAAUGGACUUCAGGGAACAGUCCUAGAACUCAUUCAUUCAACAAGUAUUUAUUUGCCUGCAGUGUGCCCGGCUCUGUGUCAGGCCUUGGAGAUCCAUCAUGGUGAACAUGGUUCAGCCCCUGUUCUCUGUCACAGUUGAGUGUGAUAUAAAGAAGGAAACAGGCCAUUUCAGUGUAGCCUAUCGUGUAGGGUGCUGUGGAGACACCUCUCUCAGACUUGAAAGGACCAAAAGGGGCAUGAGGUGAGAUUCAAGCUAAGCCCUGAAGCAGGGAUGAGAGUUCCACCGGAAGGAAACAGCAGUCAGGUUCCAGGAGGCAGGAGUGCAUGGCAAGCUGCAGGUGAUGGUGUGGCUCAGUAUGGGUAGAACUUUGAGUGAGAAUGGAGCAAAGAAACAUCAGCUGUAAAGGCAAGCUGGACUAGGUCAAGAAGAAUCUUACAUGUUUGUGUGAAGGAAGGAGUCUGGAGUUUUUCCUUAGUACAUUGAGGGACUAUUAAAGAGACUCCCUUUAGGAGAAGGACAUGAGCAGAUAUUUGUUGUGUGGAGAAUUAAAGUUAGCAGAGCUAUAGGUAAGAGGGUCAGACAACUGAACCAGCCUAGUGGGGCUGGAGAGGAGUGGACUCUUUUAAGAGGUAGAAGGGAUAGAACUUUGGGAGGUUAGAUGUCAGGGUAAACAGUUAAUUGCAGUGAUUUCAGCUUAUGGAAACAAAGUUGUAAAGAAAGAUAUGCUUUCCAGAUGCUUAUGUGAAGAGAAGGGAUGUCUAGUUUCUGUUCCCCGGGCUCUGACAUAACUCCACAAGGGUAUGGUGGAGGCAGAGGCCUGGCCCAGACAAGAUGUUUUCUCUGAGAGGAUAGAAAUCAAUGACAUGUGAAUCAUAGUGAGACAGAGAAGCCAGAGGUGAUAGCGAAGUUAGAACAAGUUGUAAGUUCUUUCCAGGAAACGAAUCCUGAGGUUUAGAAGCAAGAAUAUUAGGAACCAGGUCACUUAGUAAAGCACAUCAUGGGGCGUGGGGGCUGUGAACCAAUGACAGUACCGAGCAGGCUGGUUCUUGGGUCAUAGUUAUGUUAGGCAGUCCUGUAGCCUGAGGGCUAGAGGCCAGUUUGUUCAAAGAAAAAGGACUAAAGGAGGGUGAGAAUUCAGGGAGGUCUUUAAACUUGAGAUUGUGCAUAGACUGAAGGAACAGAAUUAACUAUUGACAGUUCCAUCAAAGUAACUGAAAGACUAAUGGCUCAGGAUAACAGGAGGGAAACAUAUAGAUUGGGGGUAAGGUGAGGGAAGGAGUUGACCUUAUAUCUCUACCUUUGAAAGAAAACAGAAGAAGAAAAGAAAUUUUGAAAUUGGUAGGCAAGACGAGAAUUUGGGAGGGUCCAGGAAAGUUAACACCUUCCUGCAAGUUUAACCAGGAAGCAAAGAUAUUUUCUUAGAGUGACAAGGAUUGCGGGUCAUGGGCAAGGGCAGUAUGGGUACAUGAUUGAAAGCUGAGGCUCUAGGGAGCGGGAGACCUUGUUUUCAGCCCUUGCCCCAUCAUGUGCUGGCAGAGUGGCCUUGGGCAUGCUGCUUAAGGUUUGUCCUUCUUGCUUUAUACUUAAAAUGUAUUCAUUGUCUUAUCUUCCACCUAGAGUCGUAUUAAGGGUUAAAGAAAUUAAUUAUUGUAAAGUGUUCAGCAUGUAGCAAAUGUUCAAUAAAAUUUAUGAUGAUGAAGCAAUAUUAUAUAAUGGUCAAAAACCAGACUCUGAACUCAGACCUCCUGAGUUCAAAUACUCGCUUCACCAAUUACAUGCUAGUAGUGUGAUUUAUAAACAUAAUUCAUAGCUCACCAAGUGAUCAGUAAAUAUGUAUCCAACUGCAUUGACAGUAAAUAUGGAGACUCCAUGAGCUUGUCUUCCUGUGCAUCCAGUUCUUGCCAAUGUGAUACUUACUUCUACCCAUGUGACAAAUGGAUAUAGGAAAAACCUUUGUUAAUUUAUAAGCUGAAAGAGGUAAAAUAUGUUAUAUUUGCCUCAGUUUUCUCAUCUGUAAAAGAGGGGAUAAUGGUACCUACCUCUUAGGCUUAUCAUAAGUUAAGAGAGUUAAUAAAUAUAGUCUCUUAGCUCUGGUGCGUACGAAGCAUUAUAUAGGUCUAGCUAGCAUUGUCAUCAUUUAUCCUCGCUCACUGUCAUCAGUAGGAGUUGAGAAACAGAAUUUAUAAUGGGCACUGUGGCAUUGACUAUGUAACUGAAUAAGACAAGUAAAAAGGAUAAAACAAAGGACCAGUAAAAAAGCACUUAAGACCAACCUGAGAUUGCAAACUUUUGUAGUAAGGUCAGAAACAGGAGCAGCCAGAAACCUGGGGAUAGACCUGAGAAGAAGAAUGGUUGGGUAAGUUUAGAGUUAGGGUUUAUUACUGGACCAUUUGUGAAAGAAUAAGAGAGCCAGUGAGCUGAAGGUACAGUAGUACUCUAUUUUGAGAGAAUAAGGAAAGUCAUUGACAAAUAACCAGAGAAGGGAAUAAAGGAACAUGUUUCAGACAGCUGUUUGGAAGUGACUUUGAUUUUAUUCUAUUUAUUACAUUGCCUUGUCAAUUUACUUGUUUCUUUUUUCUCUCCUUUCCCUUCCAAACAACCUUUCCUGGCUGCUUAUUUCUUCUUUGCUGCGUAUUUCUUUUCAAGCCUUAUGUCCCUUCUGCCUUGUAGCAAAGCAACAUAAAGAAAGGCAUAAUAAGAAAGCAAAAAAGUAUUGUUUCUAUGUUCAAUUCUCCACAUAUUCACUGAACAUCUAUUCCCUGUCUAGCACAAAGAUCUUUGCUCUGACAGAUCCAAAAAAAGCAUCUGGCAUGUUCAUUACCCUCAAGGGUCUCUGUGGGAGGAAUUCACAUGAAAUCAUUAUACAUACAUUGUACAGGAAAAUGAUAAUUGUCGUACAAUCAAGUGUCAAAAAUUAUGGCACAGCCAUUAAGUGUUGCAGUGAUCAAAAAAGGUGCUCAGAAAGGAGAGAGACAUGAGCUGAGGCAAACACAGCUUUUUAGAAAUGGGUGUUCAGAGAGGCCUUGCAUAGAGAGGGAGAAUGGGGGUGUGGGGGACGGUGUGCAGGCCUGGGAGAGCAGAGAAAGGACUACGCAGAAGCAUGUGGCAGGUGUGGAAAGCAGGGCAGACACCAGCCCAGCAGGAGGUCACAGUAAUGAAAGGCAGUAAUAGAAAUAAGGAUCAUUCAGCAGAAGGAGAAGGUGCUGGAAAACGACCAAAACGAAAGUGUCUUCAGUGGCAUCCGUUGCUAGCAAAGAAACUUCUUGACUUUUCAGAAGAGGAAGAAGAGGAAGACGAAGAGGAAGAUAUUGAUAAGGUUCAACUUCUUAGGGCUGAUGGCCUAGAGCAAGAUGUUGGUGAAACUGAAGAUGAUGAAUCACCAGAGCAGCGAGCCCGGAGACCAAUGAAUGCAUUUCUUUUAUUUUGCAAACGCCAUCGCUCUCUUGUACGUCAGGAACACCCCAGGCUUGAUAACCGAGGUGCUACCAAGAUACUAGCUGAUUGGUGGGCUGUUCUUGAUCCAAAGGAAAAGCAGAAAUACACAGACAUGGCCAAGGAGUAUAAAGAUGCAUUUAUGAAAGCAAAUCCUGGCUACAAAUGGUGUCCUACCACAAACAAGCCUGUAAAAUCCCCAACACCCACUGUCAAUCCACGAAAGAAACUUUGGGCCUUCCCAUCUGACUCUUCAAGAGACUUUCCAAGCCCCAAGAAAGCAAAGACUGAAGAAAUGCCUCAGCUUAACUUUGGAAUGGCUGAUCCUACUCAAAUGGGAGGCCUGAGUAUGCUGCUGUUAGCUGGAGAACAUGCUCUUGGCACACCAGAGGUAUCCUCCGGCACAUGCAGGCCUGAUGUUUCAGAAUCUCCUGAAUUGCGUCAGAAGUCACCAUUGUUUCAGUUUGCCGAGAUAUCUUCAAGUACGUCCCACCCUGAUGCUCCUACAAAGCAAUGUCAAACAUCCGCCUUGUUUCAGUUUGCAGAGAUUUCUUCAAACACUUCACAGUUGGGUGGUGCUGAGCCUGUAAAACGCUGUGGAAAGUCUGCACUCUUUCAACUGGCAGAGAUGUGCCUGGCAUCAGAGGGGGUGAAAAUGGAAGAAUCAAAGCUAACGAAAGGAAAAGAAUUUGAUAGUGGAAGAAUUAAAGAAUUAGAGAAGGGAAAGGAAGAAAGAGAAAUUAAAAUGGAGAAAACAGAUGAAACCAGAUUACAAAAGGAAGCAGAAUUUGAAAAAUCGGCUAAGGAAAAUGUAAGAGAUUCUAAGGAAUUGAGAAAUUUUGAAGCAUUGCAAAUAGAUGACAUAAUGGCUAUAAAGAUGGAAGAUCCCAAAGAAAUUAGAAAGGAAGAGUUAGAAGAAGAUCAAAAAUGUAGUCAUUUCCCUGAUUUUUCUUAUUCUGCCAGUAGCAAGAUAAUAAUAAGUGAUGUUCCCAGUAGAAAGGAUCACAUGUGCCAUCCUCAUGGAAUUAUGAUUAUUGAGGAUCCCACAGCAUUAAACAAGCCAGAAAAGCUAAAAAAGAAAAAGAAAAAAAGCAAAAUGGAUCGACAUGGAAAUGAUAAAUCCACACCCAAGAAAGCUUGCAAAAAGAGGCAGUCUUCAGAGUCUGACAUUGAGAGCGUCAUAUACACCAUUGAAGCCGUCGCAAAAGGAGACUGGGGCAUAGAGAAGCUUGGAGAUACCCCUCGCAAGAAGGUCCGCACAUCCUCAAGUGGCAAGGGAAGCAUUUUGGAUGCGAAGCCACCAAAGAAAAAAGUGAAAUCAAGAGAGAAGAAAAUGUCAAAGGAGAAAUCCUCAGACACCACCAAAGAGUCAAGACCUUCAGAUUUCAUUUGUAUUUCUGCCAGCAAGAACAUUUCUGGUGAGGCGCCAGAGGGUAUAAAGGCAGAACCAUUGACCCCCAUGGAAGAUGCACUACCACCCAGCCUAUCAGGACAGGCCAAACCCGAGGACAGUGACUGUCACAGAAAAAUAGAAACUUGUGGUUCCAGGAAAUCCGAGAGGUCUUGCAAAGGUGCUCUUUAUAAAACCCUGGUGUCUGAGGGCAUGCUCACCUCUCUGCGAGCUAAUGUUGACAGAGGGAAACGAAGCUCAGGAAAAGGAAACUCUUCUGAUCAUGAAGGGUGUUGGAAUGAAGAAAGCUGGACAUUUAAUCAGAGUGGGACCAGUGGGAGCAAGAAGUUCAAGAAGACAAAGCCAAAGGAAGACUGUCUCCUUGGCUCCGCAAAGCUGGAUGAAGAAUUUGAAAAAAAAUUCAACAGCCUUCCUCAAUAUAGUCCUGUUACAUUUGACCGGAAAUGUGUUCCUGUCCCAAGAAAAAAGAAGAAGACUGGAAAUGUGUCCUCAGAACCGACUAAAACCAGCAAAGGUCCUUUCCAGUCUCAGAAAAAGAACUUAUUCCACAAAAUUGUCAGCAAAUAUAAGCACAAAAAGGAGAAGCCUAAUGUUCCGGAAAAAGGAAGUGGGGAUAAAUGGUCAAACAAGCAACUCUUCUUGGAUGCCAUUCACCCUACAGAAGCCAUAUUUUCAGAAGACAAAAACACCACGGAGCCUGUUCAUAAGGUUAAAAAUAUUCCAUCCAUUUUCAACACUCCAGAGCCAACAACAACACAAGAACCUUUGGUGGGCAGCCAAAAGAGAAAAGCAAGGAAAACCAAGAUCACACACCUUGUCAGGACAGCAGAUGGCCGGGUAUCACCAGCAGGAGAUGACAAACCAAAGGAACAACUGCAGAGGAAUCUCCCUAAAGCAACUGAGACAGACUGCAGUGACGAGUGCUCACACAACACCGAGGUCGCGGAGACCCGGAGCAGUACUCCAGAAAUGCCUGCCGUGUCUGCAUUCUUUAGCCUCGCUGCACUGGCUGAAGUGGCAGCCAUGGAAAAUGUGCACAGAGGUCAGAGAUCAACUCCACUCACCCAUGAUGGACAGCCAAAAGAAAUGCCACAGGCUCCUGUACUUAUUUCCUGCGCUGACCAGUGAAGCGCCCUUUCAUUGUAAAACAUUGUGCUUUACCUACUACCCUAGCCUUGUCUUUACUGAGGGAUGCUAGUGAGUCCAAGUGGUGGAAAAUAUAGACUGCAAACAAGUGCUUGUUGCCCCACAUGGCCCAGAUUCACUUGAAGCAGAAGUUAGCAUCCGGGCCAGUUUGUUCUCUCAGAACCCAGAAUCUUUGAGGGUGAGGUUAUCUGUCUGAUAUUGAGCAGAAACAGAAUGAUCCUGGAGCUUUGCUUUCUAUUGAAGGCUUUUGACAGUAAUAGGUGGUAACUUGGUAAAAGGCUGCCUUUACUGUAGCUCAUCCAGCAUCUCUUUUACCAACCAGAGAGUGUGAAACUAGUUUCAUAUAUUACCUAGUUAUUCUUUCAAAACAAAACAAAAACUGACGCACUGCACUAGUUAUUAUUAGAUAUUCUUAGUCUUUUUUGUACAUGGAGAUUUAAGUUCUAAGAUGGUUUAUAUAAUAGGUUAUACCUACAUUUAUAUUGUAGAAUAAAUAUUGAAAAGCCUGUUCCAGAGACUCCUAGCAGCAUGGGCAGGCAGAUGUACCAUUGUUAGCGGUGUAUGCUCGGCCUCGUGGUCCAUAUAUUCUGCACUUUUAUAUUUGCCACCAGAGUGGUAGUUUGCUGGCAAAAGAGAGAGAGAGAGAGGGAGAGGGAGAGGAGAAAAUUACAAUUCUUACAAUCUGAAUUUUUUUCUUAGCCUUGAGCGACCAUGAAGAAUUUGCUUGAGGCAAAUUGUGGCAAAUAUUUUCCCAGACAGGGGAAGAGUCCUGCAGAUUACAGAUUACUGAUGUUUUCAUGCCUUGAGGAUUCUUUUAUUUUUACACAGGGGUCUAAGUGACCAAUGGAUUGUUCAUACAAACAACAAAAAAAAAGACAAAAAUAUUAUUCAGAAGUGACCUUAGUAUUACUUCACUAUUCUAAACACAUUGAAGACACUCACUUCAUGUGGACUUGGAGCUACAGACCUUUACAUCUAUCACAGAUUGACUGGACGGGUUGCAAUUGCUAUGCACAGCCUAAUUGGCACUGCAGGUUUUUAGAGCCAUUUCGAGUUUGUAUUGUUAAGGAGGUAUUGAGUCAAUGAUGAGGGAGGUAUGCCUGACCAGAGUGGGACUCUCAGUCAUAGAUCCACCUGCAAGUCUCUUUCCUUUUUGUGUUGUGUUGCUUUUGAACGUAAAACCAACCAUACAUAUGCCAGCGCCAAGUAGAUUAACUGGCUUUAGAACAUUCAACAUAUUGACUUAACCACCUGAUGUUCACAGUGUCUUGUUUCCUAGCAACAGAUGCAAAGUGAUAAAUCAAAAUUAGUCUGAGGCUACAGAUUUUACAGGGUAUUUGUUCUAUAGCACAAAGUAUUUCCCCACUCUUGCAUCACAGCACAAACUACCAAAUUUUGAUUAUUGGAUUCCAGCAAUAAUUUUUAAUGGUUUUCAAACUGGCGGAAUUUUGACAGUGCUAGUUCGAGUUUGAAGCUUUUGAAUUAGAUCUCUGAAUGAUGACAGUUUACAUGGUUUUAUCUAGCUUUCUUAUUUAUACUUGACUGAAUUAUAAUGAUUUUUUUUUUCUAAUUGUAAUUUGACUUAAUAGCCAUACAAAAAGUGACUCUCUUCGUACUGACUAGGUUUAGCUUCUCAUGGUUGUAGAUGUUACUUUAGUUCCGGUGCUGGAAAAUAUGUACAACAUACUAACAGGUUUGAAAACAAAUAGAGGUUUUUCUUUUUUCCAAAGCAGGUAAAGAGGGUAGCAAAGCAUCGGAACGAUGUCCUGAAAAAUUCAUAUUCCUGGUGGGCAUGGAGGAAGAAGCAAUUAGUAAAAGAUUAGCCCAAAGUUACAGCUUAAGCCCAUUCACGUAGGAAUAAAUCAAGGGAGCAGUUCCAGAUUUUAGCAUAAUAGUUCUACUAUGAUGCUGUUUUAUUAAUAUUUUCUAAAUUUCAGAACAAAAAGUGAAUGUUUGAAAUUGCUGGGUCCCAGUGUUGGUGGCUGUUGGAGUUUUGGACCACUCGCUAGCAGUGAUUUGAAAAUUGUAACGAGCUAAAAUCCAAAACGAAAAACCAACAACAAAAAUUGUGUGGUGCAGAACAUGCACCUUGACAAUGGUACUAACUUGUUACUCUAUAGAACACAUUAGAAUAGAUCUAUUUUUGCCAGAGCACCCUCCUUCAGUCCUCCGAUUACAUUUCACUAGAGUUCCUUAAGAGAUGGCUGUAUAUUCAUGGGACCUUUUUUAAAAAAAAAAAAAAAAAAAAAGCAAAACAAAAGAUUCCUUUUUUUCUAUGUGAUUAAUAUCUUACUUGAUCUGCUUUUCCUAAACCUCAGUGGCUUUUCCCUUAAGCAGGGUUGGGGGUGGGAGGGCAACUUAACUGGAUAUGACUGUUUUCAGAUACAAACCUUUUUGUAGAAAUGCUUAAUUUUUAAGCGGUUAGGCACUGAGAGUAGCAGAAAUCCUGCAAAGCUUUAUAGUUCCUUAGACUCACCUCGUCGAUUCUCCGAGUGAAGUCUUGAUUUCAGCAAUUGUGCUUCUCAUGCCCUGAAUCUGCUGGAGAGGAGUGUUGUUAUUUUCAGGUAACAUUUGUUAGCACAAAUAUUUCAGACCAAUAUGUAGUGCUCUCCUCCACACCCCUUGUUACCAUUUUCAUUUCAUUUCUCUCAUUCUUUUUUAUUUUGGAAAAUCAGAUUGCUAUAGUGUAUCUUUUAAUCUGCCAGCAAAUGCCAUCUACACUAACAUUUGUCCCACAGCAUCAAGAGAAUAAGUUGUUGCACCUUAUAUAUAUCUCAAGCAAACCAAAAUAUGAUGCUCUUCUGCUUUGUUUUAUUCUAAAUUGUUGUAUCAUAUCUUUCUAAAACCAUUCUGAAUUUAGUUGAAAUUAUCAAUAUUUAUGCUUUUAACCUUAAUUUCUGGAUUCAAGCCUGUAUAUAAAUCUUUUGAAAAAAAAAAUUGUCCUCGCCCUUCUCUGCAAUGCUGGAAGUAGAAGAUUUCGUCUCAGAUGGAGACGCAGUACUAUUCCAGUUUUCUUUAGCCUUUUAUUUAUUUAGUUAUUCUGGGUAUUUCCUAUGUGAUUUUGAAGUGUGUAGAGUAUAUUAUAGUAACUGAAGCUGCAGCUCUAAGAAGCUGAGUGAAAGAAAAAAUACUGUAAGACAUCCUUAAAGUUUUAUUUGUUUGGGUACUGUAUACGAGAUCAGGAAAAAGAGAAAUGUCCCACAGCCACAUUGGAAAUACAGGUUCUUGUCCCCAAAUUAGGUUAGUUCCCAGAUUUUAGAUCAAAACUGUUAAUUCAUUAACAUCCCUUUUAAAAGAUAAAUCCUACUGUUGUAAUUCUGAUAGUCUGUUUCCCAAAAAUAUCAGAAAUAUAUUUAUUUAAUUCUGUCAGAUGAGCUUUCCACUGAUGCCAUGUCCCAAAGCCAUGUUAAAAUAAUUCCCACGUUAUCGUUGUGAUUCUACUUCCUGCCAUCAAAAUUGCUGGAGAAAAAAAACAGUGAUGGAACACUAUGAACAAAAAGGAGCAUCUGAACUGGUCUGGUUUUUAGAAUCCAAUGUGCUCAAAUCCUUUCGUUUUCUUAUUAAGUCAGAUGCUACUGUAAGUCAGAUGAAAUUUUGUUUGCACUCUGCAGUCUUUGGCUCAAUGUAUGGAAAUGUUUGCACCUAUGUAAAGUCUCAAGCUAAUGAUACAUUGCUACAGAACAGGAGUAAGCUGAAAACUGAAUGGCAUGUUUUGUUUAUAAGGUGGGGAGGGGAGGGGAAAUACCAAAAAGCUCUGUUCCAAGUUUGGCAUUUGACAUUAAUGUGAAGCAGUGGGACCAUGCUGCCUGCUAAACUACUGUAUGAAUCAUUCGUGUUCUGAAGACGAGCAGCUGGAGGCUGGAGGAUGGCAUUCCAUACAGCAAAGAAGCACCACCGCUUCGCCUGGGAAAAGGAAGGAAAUCGCAGGAGGCCUGGAGCCAUCAUCUGUAAAGGGGAUGUUGGGGGUGUGAUGCUGUGGAGGAGAGUCACCUUUGAUCGCACUGCUCCACAGAGCCCUCAUAUAAGGCCAAUCCUAAUGGGCUACCUCGGCUUUAAAAGUUCAUUUCAGUAAGUCCUGUUUCAAAAGUUUGUCUUUUUUUUUUUUUUGCUUCUACCUUCAGUGCCACUAUUUUCCACUGCAGUGUUUUGACUUCACAAACCACCUGCUCCAGAGAGAACAGUGUAUUGCUGAAAAUGGGCAGUAGAAGCAAAUGCUAUUGUUAUAUUUGACCUGUAAAGUAUUCAGAGUGACUGGUAGGUGUAGAAAUUCAGACUUAGCUCUCCCAAAUAGCUCCUUAUUUUGCACCUUAUAAAAAGUAUACUAACUGUUAAUUAGAUGUUGCUUUUGUUUAUACAAGCAUUCCCAAAGAAUUAGAUACGGAUUUUGUUUUGAGUUUUUUGAUUUUUGAACAUUAUCUUAUUUAGACUAACAGCAUACUUAACAAUUUUAAAAGAAGCUGUUCAGUUCAUCUUACCAGAUGUGUCUGGCGAAGUAUUCAGGGUUUGAUGGACUGCUUUGCUUUCAUUUGGAAGUGAUAGCUAAGUUUGUUAUACUCCAUAUGAAACAACUUUGUUCGUUUCGCUGAGGACAUUAUCUUCCUGACAUUUUGGAACAAAGAAACAACAAGCGUGAAUAGAACGACAAAUGUAUUUGAGUCCCUCAUAAUCCCCAUCUGUAUGUGCUAUCCUUUCCUUCAAAUACAUAAAUGUCCAUCUUUUUUUAAAAAAACAAAAGGUUCCUCUUCUGGCCAAAUUUAAUCUGUGGUGGUAUUUAUACUCUUAAAUUGAGAGAGGAAACCUUGUGGUUAAAAAUUCUGUGUCCGCUGUUUUCGUUUUGCAGUCAGUGGUCAAAACUGGUCAUGCCCUUAAAUCAAUUUUUAUGCACAGAGCUGGUUUUGGUGAACAUUACUACUCCCUCCAAAGAUUUCCUGAUAACUUGGGCCAGAACUGGUUACUGAGUACCAAGGAUCUAAUUCAAUGCCUCAAAACUCUUCCACCCACAAUGCAAAUCUUACCUCACAAGCUCUAACCUAAAUCAUAGAGACAUGCACGUUUCGUGCAUUAACACUGAUUUCGCUCUGUGGCCCACCAGAGGGGUGGGCUCACGUCCCCUGACUCCUCACAUUAGUGCCUCAGCUCUAAGAGCCGUGGAACAAGGGGGUAGGGCAGUCUUACGAUCUGGAGCUCAGCAACGUUUUUCCAUUUCAUUAGCACUCAACAAGUCUCUUGCUCUCAGGAAUCUGUCAGAAAAAGAAUAAAAUCACCUGAGACUCCACAUACCAGAUUAUAAACUCUUCUCAUAGGUUUGAAUUGCUUACUUACAUGUCAUAAAUUAACCACAGCUUCAUUUGACCACCAGGGUCUAAAAUCUCUUGACAGUUUCAGCAUGACUGAAUCGCUCAUGGUUUUGUUUUUCUUUUUCUUUUUUUUUUAUUUUGCUUUCAGAAAUUGGCUUGGUUCUCUUUAGAGUUGGUGUAAACAUGCCAUGUAAUAAAUGAUUUCCACUUAAUGGUACAACAGAAUUAUUGCUUUCUUAGAUGUAUGUGUAGUAAAAGUCAAUAUACACAUUUAUAUAAUUUCUUUCUUCAAAAUCUUAUACCUAAUUUGAUAUUUCUAAAAAUUGCACAUGUAAGUCAUGUGUAUAACAUGCUAAAGUACUUUAACUGUGAUCUUAAAACAAUAAAAAUAUUUAAUAAAACUUUGAAAUAUUUUAAAGAUAUUAUUCAAAUAUAUUUCUUUGUGUUCACACUACUGGCCAUAGAGUAUGUGCCUUUAAUGUACCAUUUUCACUAAAAACAGUAGGAAAAAUAUUAAUAAAAGUAAGAUAUUUCAA